AUGAAAACAGUCACAGACACAAAUGGUAUUACUCAUUCGUUGGUUUGGGAUUUUGAAUUAUCAUUUUUCGAUCAACAGAAGUUCUUGACCAUCGAAAAACUUAUGUAUGACUGGUGGUGGCUAAGCAUUCCAUAUGCUCUUUUAUACAUAAUUGCAAUCUUUGUUGGUCGUGCUUGGAUGGUUAGACGAAAUGCGAAAUUCGAACUGAGAACAUCACUGGUCCUUUGGAACACAUUUUUAACAAUCUUUAGUUUUUGGGGUGCCAGCCGAUGUGUGCCUGAACUGAUACAUAGUUUAAUUCAUCAUGGAUUUUGGUACUCAGUAUGUGAUCCAAGUUAUAAGGAAGGAAUAACUGGCUUAUGGGCAUGGUUAUUUAUGUUAUCAAAAGUUCCCGAAACGCUUGACACAUUGUUUAUUGUUCUUCGCCGACAACAAUUGAUCUUUCUCCAUUGGUAUCAUCAUGCAUCCGUGCUGAUUUAUUGCUUUUAUAGUUAUGCGUAUUUUGUUUCUACUGGUCGAUGGUUUGUAUCAAUGAACUAUUGUGUUCAUACGAUUAUGUAUGGAUAUUUUGCAUUACGUGCUGCUCGUAUUCGUCUACCUCGAUCUUUACAACAAUUUAUUACCAUUCUUCAACUGAUUCAAAUGGUUAUUGGUUGUACUGUGAAUAUUGCUGCAUUCUAUCACAAACAAGAUGGAUAUUCAUGUGCGACUUCCUAUGUCAACAUCAAAAUAUCAUUAGCAAUGUAUCUAUCAUAUCUAAUACUUUUCGCACAUUUCUUUUAUACAAGUUAUAUUUGUAAAAGUUCAGAGAAGAAAUCGAAAGAGAAAGAUAACUGA